GAAUGAGGUUAUCUUCGCUGAUGGAAUCGAUUCCUCGCCCUUCUUAAGUCUUUGAGCGGCUGUCCAACUUAAAUUAAGAAGAUUGUUGAAUAUCGCACUAAGCGUCGACUGACUUAGGGCGCGAUGGGGUCGCAUUUGACGCGCCGCUACGUGACGAGCACCGAGACCGAGCCAGACCCGCAAAGCAAACCCUCGUUUGACCCCAACAAGGGCUUCGGCGAACGGCAGGAGAGGGUGAUGGUGGCCACGGCGGAACAAAUGCGUGAUGCUCAGGUACCCGUAGUUCUCCGUGACUACUGCGCCCACCACAUGAUCAUGUGGCUCAAGUGCAAGCGCGACAACUUCCCCGACAUCUUCGCUUGCGGCCACCAAAAGCACUCGUGGGAACAGUGCCAACACGAUGAUUACGUGAUGCGCAUGAAGGAAUAUGAGCGCGAACGUCGGCUUCUGGAGAGAAAACAGCGUUUGGAUCAGAAACAAGCAGCAUAAUACACCUGGACACAUAUACAUACACACACAAAGACAUCGAUCCCCCAUUCAUCCUUAUAGAGACUGUUGGGGCAAGUACCAUUAGCGGAGCACUCAUUAAUUCCAGCAUUGUACACAAGGGGGCAAUAUGGCCAGCUAUCCACCCAUUAGGUUUUGUCUACCCAUUAUCGAUGUUCACCCACCUCACCGGCCAUGGCGGGGAAUUGAACUUGUGUCACCAAAUUCGUAGCUAUAUGUGUGAACCACUUUGACACACGCACGCACACAAGCACACGUACACAAAUCAUACCCCCGCACCACCUCCCCACAAGCAAAAGGCAGAGCCUCUCACCAUAACUACUUUCAUGUUCACACACUCGUGUGUGUCCCUGCACAUGUGAGCAGGCUGGCGCAUCACGACCUGCCCAUCGGUUGUGAAAGAACAUUGUUCGCGAAUAAACUUCUGAAUAAAUCAUUAAACUUGG